GGGACGGGCGGCGGGAGCGCCGAGCCCGGCCCGGCUGACGGCGCGGCCCCUCCCGGGCCAGAGCUGGUCGAGGGGAAUGUCGUACUGUCUCAACUCAGAAAGCCAUUUGGAUACUGGGCCAAUAUACGUGCGUGAAAAUGGGAAGCUGCACAUGGUAAAUCAGGGUGCAGGCAGCGUACACAAUGUCACUCCCAAAACAAGGCCUUUUAGUCUAUUUUCCAGAAGUUUUUCAGUGGAGCUUUGCAUGAACAGGGAGGACGAUAGGGCAAGGAGGCAGAGGACUGAUCAUUUCAUCUUCACGUACACUAAGGAGGGGAACCUCCGCUACUCGGCCAAGUCCCUCUUCAGCCUGGUGCUGGGUUACAUUUCUGACAAUGUUGAUCACAUUGACUCGUUGAUUGGUUUCCCAGAGCAGAUUGCUGAAAAGCUCUUUUCAGCAGCAGAAGCAAGACAAAAGUUCACAGAGCCAGUGACAGGACUGAGAGCUCUGCAGAAGUUCACUGAAGCCUAUGGCGGUUUGGUGCUGUGCUCACUGUGCUUGCGGAACAGAUACCUGGUUAUCUCUGAAAAGCUUGAAGAAAUUAAGUCUUUCCGUGAGCUGACGUGUUUGGAUCUCUCCUGCUGUAAACUUGGAGAUGAACAUGAGCUGCUGGAACACCUCACCAAAGAGGCCCUGUCUAGUGUGAAAAGGCUUCUCCUGAAGGACAACUCCCUGUCAGAUGCUGGCCUGCGCAGGAUGACAGCGCCCGUCCGUGUGCUGAAAAAGGGCCUUGAGAAUCUGCUGGUGCUGGACUUGUCCUGUAACCCUAAAAUCACAGAUGUGGGAAUUGGAUACCUUCUUUCUUUCAAGAAAUUGAAUUGUUUGGACAUUUCUGGGGCAGGUCUCAAGGAUGUUGAUGCUGUCAUAAAGCGGCUCCAAACACAGAUAGGCCUGGUUCACUCUAAAGUGCCUCUGAAAGAAUUUGAUCACAGUAACUGCAAAACAGAGGGAUGGGCAGAACAGACAGUUCUGCAGUGGGAACAGGCAGUUAUGGAGGCCAUGAAGCCCCAGGACAACUUGAGAUCCAGAGUAGCAACUCUUCACUUCUAUGGCAAGACACACAGAAUAAAGGAAGUAGUCAAAUGCACACUGGUGGAGCCAGAAACUAAAGCAUCUGGAAACUUGCAGUUUUAUAAGGAAAACGUUCAGAAUUGCCAUUUACCUUUGAAACAGGAGGUUGCAGGCAGCCAUGAAUUAAAGAACAAUAAAAAAAGAGCUUUGUCUGAACAAGAGAGAGAAAGGACUUCCAAACAGAAGCAUCUGUGCCUCACUGUGGAGGACUGGGAUUUGUUAAAUACCUACUGAGUCAGAAAGAAGUGUCUCUUUUGUUUGUUCUCUUGCUGAUGACAGGAUUUGGACAUACUGAGAGGGAGUGACAAAGGACACAAGUUAAAUCUGGUUGCUGUGACAUGCCUGUGGGGUAACCUGUGCUGGGGAAGGGAUAGAGACAAGAAGGUUGGUAAUGCUACUGUAUAUUUUCAAUACAUAAUAAUUUUUUCAAAUAAAGUUUUUGUUGUCAUCCUUAA